AUGCGCCUCACUGCCGAGCUGAUCACCUCAUCACUCUCUUACAACAAUCCUCUCAACGAGCGCGAACUCGAUCUUCGAGGACACAAAAUCCCAACCAUCGAGAACCUCGGCUCGGCCAAAGACCAAGAAGCCAUCGAUUUCACCGACAAUGCCAUCCAAACCCUCUCCGGCUUCCCACUUUCCCCACGCCUUCAGACGCUACUAUUGGCGCAGAACCGGAUAAACACCAUCUCGGAGAGCACGGCGAAGGCGUUACCAAAUCUGCAUACGCUGGUGUUGUCGCAGAACGCGUUGGCAGAAUUGAGUGAUUUGGACGCGUUGGAAGGAUUCCAGAAGUUGACGUAUUUGAGCUGUGUGGGUUGUCCGGUUGCGAGUAAGGAUAAUUACCGCUACUACGUCCUCUGGCGUUGCCCUACGAUACGAUUCCUCGAUUUCCAAAAGGUCAAAGACGCCGAGCGAAAGAAAGGUAAGGAGCUCUUUGGAAGCAGCACGAGUGAACCUACGGAUCUGGCGAAGAGUAUCAUGGCCGUGAAAUCGAACAAAGCAAGUAGCGCUUUCAGUAGAACUAGCGCAGCGGUUGCGAAUGGGUCGAGCGCGAAGAGGGUCAAGCUCACGGACGAUGAGAGGAAACGGUAUCAGACUUUGGUGCAAAAGGCGAAGACACUGGCUGAGGUGCAGAGACUGGAGAAGUUGUACAAUGAGGGGAAAUUACCUGCUGGGGUCAUGGAUGGCGAAGCGAUGGAUGAGAGUUGA